AUGCUCUGUGCAAUCUCCGGAGAAGCUCCCCGCGAGCCUGUCGCCUCGCGCAAGUCGGGCAACGUCUUCGAGAAGCGUCUGAUUGAAGCGCACAUCGCAGAACAUCACACCGACCCGGUUACGGGAGAAGACCUAGCGACCGAGGACCUUAUCGAGCUCAAGUCGCCCAAUGUCGUGACCCCACGCGCACCAAACUUCACUUCGAUACCUGCCAUGCUCAGUGCCUUCCAAAACGAAUGGGACGCCCUGGUACUAGAGACACACACGCUCAAGCAGCACCUGGCGCAAACGAGGCAAGAGCUGAGCACCGCCCUGUACCAGAACGACGCCGCCACACGGGUAAUUGCACGGAUAACAAAAGAGCGGGACGAAGCGCGCGAGGCUCUGUCAAAUGUCACCAUUAGCGGAGGCGCCCAGGGCGAUGCUAUGCAAGUCGAUAACCAGAGCCUGCCUCAGGAUCUGGUCAAGGUGGUUGACGACACACAGCAAGAAUUGUUUGGUUCACGCCGAAAACGAGCUGUACCAGAAGGCUGGGCCACUGGUGAAGUUAUCACCAACUACGACCUGGUCAAGACAACAGAGGCUAUAUACCCAGGUAGCAGCAACAUUGCCGUACAAGAAGACGGUCUGGUCUUAUUUGGUGGAUCGGAUGGGACAGCUGGCAUCUAUGCGUUGGCCGAGGGCAAGGUUACACAGACCUUCAACGCUGGUAGCGCCAUCACAGCAGCAGCCUGGUGCGGAGGCCGUGCGGUUGUUGGAACUUCAGCUGGUGUAGCCAAGAUUUUCGAGCAGGGCAACGAGGUUGCCCAAGUAGGAUCGCACGCUGGAGCUGUUACGUCCAUUUCCGUCCACCCCAGUGGAAAGAUACUCGCAACAGCGGGUGCAGACAAGCACUAUGCUGUCCACGAGCUUACUUCUUUCAAGACCGUGUCCCAGGUUUACGUCGAAGCAGAAAUCACCUGCGUUGCCUUCCACGUUGAUGGUAUGCUCUUCUUUGUCGGUAGCUCUGAUGGCAACAUCCGCAUCUACGAUAUCAAGACUGGCGCUGCUAUGGCUCAGCUAGAAACAGGUGCCCCGAUUGUGGACCUCAAGUUCGCUGAGAAUGGUACUUGGUUCGCUGUUGCGCAGCAAGGCUCUACCAGCGUCUCUGUCUGGGAUAUCCGGAAGCAAACAGUCAUCUACACACUCGAGUCCGGAAGCCCGGUCACAUGCUGUGAAUGGGAUUACAGCGGCAUGUUUCUGGCGAUUGGUGGCACUGGUAGCGUAUCGGUGCAGCAGUUCACAAAGGCAACCAAGAGCUGGGCCGAACUUGUGAGGAAGGCACUACCAGUCAAGGAUGUUGCGUGGAGUGGAAAGGCCGAGAGUGUGGUAGCUCUGACACCAGAGGGUGGUCUGGCGGUAUUGGCUGCUCCUUAG